CAUUUGCCUCGGAAGGUGUAUAAAUGCCUGGUAGUAUUCCUAUGUUUGCUAUCACUUACCGAGUUGAGCUCAGCAACAGCAGAACAGCAAGAAAUCAAUCUCUUCUUUAGAAUGAAACAGCAGACGUUCGCUGUAAUUGUCUUGGUAGUAUUGUGUUCAGUUCAACCUUAGCUUAAAGAAACUGGUGAUGAUAGUUUUGCUCCUCUAACGAAAACAUCGGAAGAAGAAAACUCGCCUGUGUCCCGCCUUAACAUUGUUGAAGACGCAACGGGUAGACAGUCUUUGCCAAUGCUUCCUCAACCAUGCUCAACCAAGAAUUACCAUAGGGUCUACUGUACGUCUAGGUGUAAAGGUGUUCCGUAGGCCUAUAGGCCUAUCGUGAAACAAACUCGAUUCACCAUGACACGCUUGUUUUUUACACAAGUUUUAUAAAGAGAAACAUGUUAAAUGCGAAGGGUUAACGAGAACAUUUUUGUAUGAAACAUAUCAUUUGACAUUAAUGUUAUACUUCAAGAACGACUGUGAUGAACGAAUAAAUAUGGGAGAUGAAAUGUUCAGCGCUUUAAAAAAACUUGGCCUCUAAUAGUAUUUUGGAGCCGCUUCAGUGUAGUAGCUUGGGGCAGAGUAGUACUUUGGAGCCUCAGUGUAAUAGCUGGGAGCCGCAUAAGUGGUGGUGUAGUAUUCGGGCGCCUUUGUAGUGUAGUAUUUUGGAGCCUCUGUAUAGUAGCUAGGAGUGGCAUAUGAUGUGGUGUAGUAUUCAGGUGCCUUGGUGGUGUAGUACUGUGGCUCUUCACUUUGGUAGUAGGUCGGAGCCGGAUAGUACUUGGGAGCCUCAGUGUAGUAAACAGGGACAGCGUAAGUAGUGGUGUAGUAUUCAGCUUUCUUGGUAUAGUACUCCGGGGCUUUAGUUGUGUAGUAUUCAACAGCCUUUGUGGUGUAAUAUUGGGGUGCCUCAGUGUAGUAAGAUGGUGCAGCAUAUCUCCACACUCUCCUUCCUACCGUUACUGAUCGAUGAGUCCACUCGACUGAUUCCAAUUGAGUUUUGUCCUCAUUUUAUAAGACUUUUUGUCAGCCUGAUGUGCACGCCACUAGCCUAUGGCAUUGAAAAUUACAAGUGCUGUGUGAUGCUUACCCCUCCUUUAUUGCUAUUUUCGCCUACCUUAUGGCAUCCUCUUCCCGAUUUCCUUCUCUUUUUGGCGGUUGGCAAUUGCGAUUUAAGGCCACGUAUUUUCUUGUCUUAAAUUUUCAUUCAAAACGUUAUGAUGGUAAAAAUAAAAGAAGGAUGUGUCCUUUAAUGCCAUUGCAAUGUCAAACUCUAACUGGAAUCGUAGGAUUGACAAUAAUUGUCAUAAAUAAACAAUAAGGAUCCUACAUAAGAUUGUCGUUGCUUUUUCAACGGGUAACUGAUUGGAUGAUAGAAUGACAAGGGACAUUGCUUAAUGCUUAUACGGGUAAAUACAAAUCUAAAUAUUGAACUCUAAUUGUAAAUUGAACUCGGCGAUUAAUAUUUGCGCUCUCGUUUCGUAUAACUCUUAGCCAAUGCACAAACCCAUUAGUGUCGACAUCGGCCGCAAGGUGAUAUGGAGGAUUCUUGCAUGUCAUUAACGGUGUUGAUGCGUGAUGCCACACCCUAAAUCGAAAACCCACGAUAGCGAUGGAAAUGCAGCAUGAGAGGAUCUUCGCUACACCACACAGUGCAAUAGAGGCGGGGUAAGAAACUGGAAAUUCGAAAAUGUUCAACUUCAAGAUGCCUUUGGGCUAAAGCGAUGAAUCAGGGUGGCGGUAGGUAUUAUAAAAAUGAAGGUGUGAAGUGGAAGUAAACCAGUUACGUUGGUGCCUUCAAACUGACUCCAUCGUCGGCAACAUAUUGCAUCGGCAACAUAUUGCAUAUUCGGCUGUCAAUCAUGCGGGACUACGAUGUCAUGCUGCUGUUUGCUUUUGCUAUUUUGAUGGCUACAUCGGCGGGUACCGAUAGGUUUGUCCUCAUCUGGACACUAGACUACACAACUCCUACGCCCUACUACACCACCUCGUAUGCUGCUCCCUCUUACAGCACCAAGGCUCUCGAAUAUUAUACCACAUAUGCUUCUACUAAUACUAUACCACAUAUACACUUAUGCCGAGUCUUCCAACUACUUAAUACACGACCAGAACGCCCAAAUACUACACGACCAUAUACUCCGCUCCAACAUACUACACUCAAGCCAUUAAAUACUAUGCUGCUCAAAGGGGGAAAAUAUAACUUUUUGUUCGAAACUGUGGCUAUUGAAAUAAUGCAGGGAAACUUAGGAAGACAAAACCAAAAUCAUGUCUUGAGUUCUUUGAGAUUCACUUGAACUUAACACCAGAGAAGGACCUGCCUUUGAUCAGAAACAGAACUGGUGAUAUCCAUAGCAAAAUAAACUGUGAACUUUUACUAUUAAAAAUGGAGAAGUUGUGCAAUGUAGGACCACACUCAAGACACUAUUAAAAAGGAGUGCCUUGUAACACAACUUUAUUGAAAGCAAACUUUGACAGUACAGAAAUUGGUAUGCAUUUUGAUAACAGGAAACUUUUCCUAGUUAAGGUGAAAAGACCGAAUGGUAUAGUGAUAGUUGCCUUUCUGGCUUUAACUGAUACUUUUUUUUACUGUGUA